AUGGACGAACCCGCACGCCUGCAGCUUCUCCGCCGGCGCUCGACGCGCACCGGCUGGGAAUCCGCACGCCGCACUCAAUCACUGACCGUCCCCGGCGACAUCAACGAGGGCAGCGCGUACGACACUGCCGACUACGCCAUCACACCCAUCGAGGCCGGUCUCAGCAGCGACGCCUACCUCAGCAGGAAGCGGCACUCGGACGACGUGACGCAGCGGUCUUCCCUCAUCAAGCUGGGCAUCAUGCUGGUUUUUUCCGGCGCCGUCAUCUGGACGCUCGUCGUCGCCGUGACCGGGUCCCAGUCCAGCACCGAUGCGAUGCUCGCCAAGCGCCUUGUCAACUGCGACCCGGCUGUGCUGGCGGCGUUCCUCCCGUCGAACGCGGUCAUCGAGAACGUCACCUCCGUGCAGCAAGGAGGCACGUUUGGCGAGGGCAAGGCCAACCGCUGGGUCAGCGCGGAUCCGACCGGCCUGCCGGCUCUGUGCGCCGUGAUCGUUAACGUGACCAGCUCGCCGAGCUCCAGCUACCGCUUCGGCAUGUUUCUACCGUCAUCUCCGUCAUCAUCAUCUGAAGCGGACGACAAAGUGUCCUCAGGUUCCUGGAACGGGCGCCUCCUGACCACAGGCAACGGCGGCUUUGGCGGCGGCAUCGGCUGGCUCUUUAUGGCGGAGGGGGCGCGGCGCCGGUUCGCCGUCAUCGCGACCGACACGGGUCACAACUCGAAGAGCACCGAGGUGGCGUGGGCGCUGAACGAGCCCGAGAAGCGCACCGACUGGGGCUGGCGGGCACUGCAUGGCUCUGUCGAGAUCGGGCGGAACCUGACGAGGGGCUUCUACGGCGAGCAGGCCAAGUACUCGUACUACUCUGGCUGCUCGACCGGUGGACGGCAGGGGUUGAGGGAGCUGCAGAUGGACCCGGAGGCGUUUGACGGGGUCUUGGUUGGCGCUCCGGCCUGGUACACGACGCACCUGAACACUUACGCGGCCAAGACGGGUCAGUUCAUCAACCAGCCCGAGACCCCUGGCUACAUCCCCGCGGAGAUGUUUGCCGUCAUUGGGAAAGACGUGGUGAGGCAGUGCGAUGCCGACGACGGGGUGGAGGACGGCAUCGUCAGCCUGCCGGAUCAGUGCGUGCCUGAUCUCCAGCGCAUCAGAUGCGACAACCGCGCAGCGAACCAAUCCACCUGUGUCAACGAGGCGCAGCUGGAAAUGCGCUGCGACGAGGACAGCGAAACAUGCCCGUCUGCGAACCCAGGCGCGGAUCCCACCCUGCUCUACACCGCGCUCUCGCCCGGGUCCGAGGGUCAAUGGGCCGAGCUCUACAACCGCACGGAGCCGACGGCCUACGGGCUCGGCUACGUGCGCUACUUUGUGUACGGAGACGAGAACUGGGACUGGAAAAGGUUUGACGACGAGCAGCUCGUCCGCGACGCCAUGAGGCUCGACGCGAGCGGCGCCGAGGCGGUGGAGUACGACAUUAGCCGGUUCCAAGACAGGGGUGGCAAGCUGAUCAUGUACCACGGCGACUCGGACGGCAUCGUGCCGGUGCGCGGCUCGAACCUCUACUACGACCGGACGCUGGAGGCCAUGGGCGAGGAGCGGAUGGACGGCUUCUUUCGGUACUUUCGCAUGCCGGGGAUGCACCACUGCCUGGGCACCAGCAUGGACGCGCCGUGGAACAUUGGCGCGUGGGGCCAGUCGACGGCGUUUGGCACCAACGGGACCGCGUCGGUCCCGGGCUUCGAGGACCCCGACCACGACGCGCUGCUGGCGCUGGUGGAGUGGGUCGAGAAGGGCAGGAGGGUGGACAAGCUGGUGGCGACGACCUGGAACACGUGGAACAACGUCAGCACCGGGGUCAGGAGGCAGAGGCCUCUGUGUCCCUGGCCGGCGAGGGCGGUUUGGGAUGGCGAUGGAGAUGUGAAUGCUGCGGAAAGUUGGGCGUGUCGGGUCGACGAUUGA